UUCUAUCACUUAGAUCAAGAACUUGAGAAUGAAAUUGAAAGUUGGUACAGACAUGAAGUAUUCCUGAAGGCUUACCAAUACUCCAUACAACCUAUUCCUAACAUGAAAAUGUGACCUGAAUCCAACAAUCCUUCUAUUGAACCUCCUGAAGUAAAACCUAUGCCAGGAAGACCUGGAAGAUGCAGGAGAAAACAGAAGGAUGAGCCAAGAAAAAAAUAUGGCAAGUUGUCAAAGAAAGGGGUGAAGAUGACUUGUUCAAGAUGUCAUCAAUUGGGCCACAACAAAUCUGCAUGUAAAUCAGUGACUGAAGCUACUUCUAGUCAAUCAAGUCGACCAGCUCAACCAAUGGCACCACCUCCAAAUAGAGCUUCUCAGAAUAUGAAUCCACCUUCAAUGUGUACUGACACAUCUGCUGUGAAAAGAAGUAACCAAAGUCAAUCUACUGGAAGAGGAAGAGGAAGGGGAAGAGGAUAUUUUGCAACAAAUGCUACUGGAAGAGGAAGGGGAAGAGACAAUGAUCAACCAACAAAUAAUGGAAGCACUCAGCUGCCUGGUAUAACUACAUCUGAGAGAGUGAUAUCACCUGGAACUUUUAAAGAUGCAUCACCAACAAAUAUAGAACUUGGAUUUAAACCUUAUGGUCUCAAAUGGAAAGGCAAAAAUGCAUGGUCAACUUCUCAGCUUCAACAGUUGAGAACAAGAAGGAACUUGGAGUCUUCUACUCAACCAAACACAUCUUUAAUAUGUCAGGGGAAUGGAAACAAUAUGUAG